CGUUCAGUCUCUUGAGUCAAGUGUCUCUCUCACUACGGGAUACUGGCAAAAUUUCUGUGUAUAACGGAACAAGUCCAUAUAUAAAAAAAAUACAAAUAGACGCGCUCAGAUCUUUUUUUAUUUUAUUUAAAUUCAAAAUUGACAUAUUUUAUUUUUGUUUCUUUUCACGUAAAGACCACAAACGUGACAUUGGCGGAAUUGUGUAAACGCAAAUAGCCAUGACUUAAAAAAGAAGAAGAAGUCCAUUUAAAAAAAAAAUAAGUGGAUUCUCUUUGCGAUUAUUUAAUGGAUUUUAGUUUAAAAUAUAUUGAUGUACGUUUUCAUUUUCUCUACUUGGCUAAAUAAAAGAAAAUAUAAAUACUUUUCAACUUAAUUUUAUAUCGAUUGUCUGGAACGGUUUAUUCUAGUUCUAUUGAUGUGUAAUGAGAAAUGUGGCGACCGACGUUCUCACUUUUGAAAAAAGUUGUAAUUCCUUCAAUGCGAGAAAAUUUGGCAUUUUCUAAAAUCCUUUAUUCAACUAGGAGCAGAUUACCUAAAUCUACUGUUAAACUUACCUUGGUUAGUGCAAGUGUGGGUGUUCUUGUUGGAGCAGGAUAUGGAGGAUAUACACAUUACAAAAUAAAUGCUAAAAAGAGUUUGGCUCCAGUGGAGACCGAAGAAUUUGCCUUAUUGAAAGAAUUGCCACAAUAUAAGCCUCAUUAUAAAAUAAUCAAUGAUUCAGAUACAAGCAACUUGCAAUUAAUCCUGUUUCAAUAUCGCACAUGUCCUUUUUGCUGCAAAGUGCGUGCCUACCUAGACUCACGUGGUAUUAGCUACGAGAUAGUUGAGGUGGAUGCGGUUCUACGUCAAGCAAUCAAAUGGUCGGGCUACAAGAAAGUACCUAUAGUGCUAACAAAAGUUGAUGAAGGUUAUCAGCAAUUGUUAGACAGCACUGCCAUAAUAUCUGUGUUAGAAACGUUUUUAAGAGACAAGUCAUGUCAGUUGCGGGACAUUGUUAAAUUCUAUCCUGCAACGAAAUAUACAAAUGAUGAUGGCAAUAAAAUAACUGAUAUUGCUAACAAAUACUUUAUUAUGCACAAUGGUGCUGUACCCGAUGAGCGAGAAAGAGCUGCCGAGCAGGAAGAGCGUGAGUGGCGCCAGUGGGCAGACAAAGUUCUAGUACAUACACUAUCUCCUAACGUAUACCGCACUACUAGCGAGGCCUUGGAGACUUUCAAAUGGUUUGAGGAGGCUGGGGGCUGGCGGCAGUCGUUCCCCAGCUGGGAAUGCGCCCUUAUGGUUUAUGGUGGAGCGGCGGCAAUGUGGAUCAUCGCUAAACGACUCAAAAAGAGACACAACAUCACAGACGCCCGACAAUCCCUCUACAAUGCAGCUAAUGAAUGGACAGCUGCCGUGAAGAAACGUGGCCGUUUCUUAGGUGGGGACGAGCCAAAUUUAGCCGACGUGUCGGUCUACGGAGUAUUAAGUAGCAUCGAAGGUUGUCAAGCAUUCAAAGACCUGAAAGCCAAUACAGAUAUUGGUAAAUGGUAUAAUGAUGUUAAGAACGCUAUUGAAAUGAGAACCGGUAAAGUAAUAGCUAUCAAUGCGUAAAGUCAUUGUUUUUUUUUUUAGCAAAGAAAGACUCAGUUUUGCAUUUUAAUGUAAAUAUUGUUAGUAAUGUAUUGUUCUGUAACUGCUUGAAUACCUUAGUAAUUGUUAGUGCCUUCAAUAAUGUUACUGUACUUUCCGAAAAAAAAAACAUCGUUUUAAAAUUCAAAUCAUGAUGUCCUUUGCUUGAUAGUAUCAAUUAAAAUAUGUUUUUGUUUCUAUGUGUUGCGUCUGUUGGAAAUA